AUGGCCUCCGCGGUCCUGACCACCGCGGCCGACACGUCUGCGUCUACGGUGCGGUCACUGUAUCGGUCGCUCUUGCGCACCUCGAACCAAUUUGCGAAUUACAACUUCAGAAAAUAUGCUAGGCGGAGGACGAGAGAUGCUUUCCAUGAGCAUCAGCACGAACAGGACGCCAGACGGGUACAAGAGUUGGUGCAGAAGGGGUUGAAAGAGCUGCAAUCGAUGAAGCGGCAAACCGUGAUCUCUCAGAUGUACCAAUUCGACAAGCUCGUGGUGGAAGGCGGCGCAUCGGGCAAGGAAACAGGAGGCCAUGGUGGUAUCAUGCGACAGAAAGACACAGGGUGGGACUGA